UCAUACCGGUAGCAAGCAACCACGUAAGCGAAAGGUCUUCUUUCAUCUGUUCAAUUGCGGUGACCAACCAACAAACCACAACAAUGGCCUCAGCAGCCGCAGCAGCAAUCCUACCCAUAACAGAGACUGCAGCCACCAGGAUGACAGCAGGAGCAGCAGGCAAAAUCGUGCGAUGGACCAAGAACUCUUUGGCGAGGAAUAAACAAGCCAUGAUAGACCCGAGCAAUUUUUCUCGAGUUUUGGCCCCUCCAGUUUUGGAUCUUGCCAGAGAUGUAUCGUUACGAUUGCAGGAUCAACGAUCUCAAGUAGAAAAGCUACAAGAUUACGUGACAAAGAGUUUAGAGGGUGGCAGUCUGGGAAGCGUUUCUCAGGAAAAUAUAGAUCCCAAUGUCGGAACUCCAACAGCGGAAAAGAACAAGAAAGUCAUUGCCACUUCGUCGCAACCGUACUGGUGGAAUCAGUUGCAAAAGGAAGAGAAGACAAUGAUGACAAGCGAAGAACGGCAAAAGCGUCGACAGGCACUGGAAAAGGCACGUCAAAAUUUGCACAAUCUCAACAAGUUGCAUGAGAACACACAGGAAAUCGCCGAAACGUUUUGGGCCCACUUGGAAACCAACAAGAUGGAAAACCCCGUAUUGGAUAAGCGAGAACAAAAAUGGCUCAAGGCAACCUUUCGGCAGAUUCGAGAUCGGCAUGCCUUGACUGUGGAGGAUCUGGCCGAGUUUGCCAUUACGACAAGACCCUACUGGGAUCCGGCUUUGCCCUUGGAUGACACUGUCAUGGACUUUUUACGAGGCCGAAUGGGGGUCCAGCUAUUGUGCGAACACGCGUUGUCACCAAAAGGAAUGAUUUAUAAGGAUUGCCACUUGUUGUCGGUACUGGAAGACGCCACCAACGAGGCCCAACUGCUGUGUGAAUCGCACUAUUCCCAUCUCGUGACGGCAGCUCCGGAAGUGGUUAUUGUCACUCAAACCAUAGACAGAAGUGACGAGUUUACCAUUGUCCAACCGUGGAUCCAUUAUGUUCUGGUGGAACUUUUGAAGAAUGCCAUGGCCGUUUCAAUGGAACGAAUGACAAAAGAAAUGGAAGCAUCGAGCUGCAGCAAUGUUUUGCCUCCCACCAUUUUCAUCGCGAUUGAUGAUCAUCACGACGAAGAAGACAAGUCCUAUUUGUCCAUUGAUGUUCUGGAUCAAGGAGGCGGCUUCAAAAACCCCGACCUGGCCCAGAAUACCGACAUUUUGUUUGAUUUCGUCCGUACCAAGAAAACCAUGUGGGAUCGUCUCGAUGAUCAGCAGACCUACGCUGAGACUAGAUCGCCCAUGCAGGGUUUGGGAGUGGGAUUGUGCCUCUCGCGCUUGAUGAUGCAACACUUUGGUGGCACGGUGGAAUUGGCGUCCCACCCACCCCUGUCGCUGCGAAAGAAGCAGUCGCUCAUUGGGGAUUCUUCCGUGGUGGACUCUUUGGAGGCUGGAUGUAUUGCCUCCAUCAAACUGCUCAAGGAUCUUGAUCACAAAGAACCGUUGUAUGCAUCUGAUGAUGAUGAGUGAUUGCGAAUCGGAGAAGUGAAGAAAACAAAUAAAUAAUAGAGUUUGAAUUUUGC